GUCAGAGUUGCCUCCCGUGCGUCGCUUUCGUCAAUUAUUGAGAGUUCGAGUGUUUACCGUAUGAACCCGCUGUUACAGAACGUGCACGCGUCCCUCCCUCCCCUGGACCCCGCGGCUGUCCUGGUCCGUGGGGACUACCUCUACUAUCACUACGGAUGUGAUGGAGUGAACGACCAGGGAUGGGGUUGUGGAUAUCGCACGCUUCAGACAAUGUGUUCAUGGAUCCAGGGACAGCGAGGAGAGAGCAUGCGCGCCGUACCGUCCAUAAAGAAGUUUCAAGAGGCACUGGUUGCGAUGGAAGAUAAACCGAAAUCCUUUGCUGGCUCAAAGGAGUGGAUAGGCAGCUUUGAGCUAUGUAUUUGCAUUGAUUAUUUCUAUGAGGUCCCCUGUAGGUUGCUUCACGUGACAUCCGGGGAUAAAUUGGUGGACCAUCUACCCGAUCUCCAGAAGCACUUCUGGGAAUUUGGAUCAAUCAUCAUGAUGGGCAAGAAAUUUUCUCUCACAUUAUUGACAUCGUACAUUUUUAUAAUAUGGGGAGAUUCUGACAACGCUUCAAAGGGUAUUGUGGGCGUGUCUAUAGAAAAGAAAUCACUUCUAGUUGUUGACCCCCACUUUUCCGGAAGUUUAGCGUCAGUAGAAGAUCUCUAUGACAGUGGCAUGUCCGGGUACAAUCUCAAAGAUGUGUACAUCAGACCAGGCCCCGGGGGAACUGUGCUGUUUCAGAACGAGGAUAUUUUCAAGCUCAUAGAGGUUGCAAAGAGUUUACCUCCGGUCUGGUCUAAGCAUGCGCAUAUGGGAUUCUUCGGAACCUUUACCGGGGAGCAAAGAAUAAACAUAAAACUGGAGGCAGAGGAUCCGGAAAGGACUCGUCUUCAUUUUGAGGUUGUUUCCGGUGAUCUACCGAAGGGCGUGACGCUGAACAACGCCACAGGAUACGUUACAGGCAUCGCACCGGAUGUGGACGACUUAUUCAAGUUUACUAUCCGGGCGAUUGAUGAGCAUGGGAAAUAUGCUGACGCCAUUUUCAAAAUGGAAACUGUUGCAAAGGAUCACUGUGCUACAAAUCCUUGCUUACACGGAGGCACUUGUAUAGACACUCGGGGCUGGUUUAACUGUAGUUGCACGGACAGGUAUGGAGGCCCAAGGUGUGAAUUUACCUGUGCCUCUCAAAGUUUGGGAGUAAGCGAUAAACGAAAGAUACCAGACGCUCAGAUGUCCGGAUACCUGACAUACAGUACCUAUCUCGAAUCAAAUGGACGUUACGGAUCAUCGGGAUACGGGUGGGUGGGGUCCAAUGCCAACUCAUGGUUACAGGUAGAUCUAGGUAACUUGACCAAAGUGUACGCUGUAAGGAACCAGGGUUAUAGUUCCUCUUACUACAGCACAGGCUACACCUUGUCCAUCAGCAUAGACGGCACUACAUUUCUCCCCGUGAACAACACUAAUGGCGGCAAACAUACUUUCCAUGCGUCCACGGGAAACUACCAGUAUUCACUUCCGAAACCUGUUGAUGCGCGAUUUGUCAGAUUCCAUCCUACUUCCUAUCACACCAAGCCACAAUUGAAAGUAGAGCUUUAUGGAUGCCAUUACAAAUGACAAAAUAGCCAGCAAACAAUGGUGUAAUAACGACUAAAGCUUGUUGCUAACAUUUGCAAUAAAUUGAUACAAAACU